AUGGAGGACGCCGAGGGAUUUACAGCUGUGCGGCGUCGGCGGGGCUCCCGCAGAGCAGCAGCAGCAACAGCAGCAGCAGCAGCAGGAGGUGCAGCAGCAGCAGCAGCAGCAGCAACAGGCCCGUAUGAUAUACCUGCUGCUGCUGCUGAAGAAAGCAUAGAAGCAGAUGCAGAGGCUCUGUUGAAGCGUAUCCCUCCUAGAGCAGCAGCAGCAACAGCAGCAGCAGCAGCAGGAGGUGCAGCAGCAGCAGCAGCAGCAACAACAGGCCCGUAUGAUAUACCUGCUGCUGCUGCUGAGGAAAGCAUAGAAGCAGAUGCAGAGGCUCUGUUGAAGCGUAUCCCUCCAGCAGCAGCAGCAGCAGCAGAAGCAGCAGAAGCAGAAGCAGCAGAAGCAGCAGCAGCAGCAGGAGGAGGAGCAGCAGCAGCAGCAGCAGAUAACGAAAAUAUGGAUGAUGAGGAUAGCGACGCAGCUGAAGACAUGCAACAAGAAACAGCAGCAGCAACAGCAGCAACAGCAGCAGCAGGAGCAGCAGCAGCAGGGGGCCCCCAGAAACGCAGGGGCCCCAAGGGGGCCCCUAAAAAACAAGAACAAAAAGAAGAUGCAUUCAUACGGAGGCUGAGGGUACCCCAGCAUCGAUACACCCCGCUAAAGCAGCAAUGGGUUGAGUUAAUUAAACCUCUUAUUCUCCAUAUGAGGCUGCAAAGCUGCGUGCCGCUCCUCCUCCCUCCCCACCAUCAUCAUCAUCAGCAGCAGCAGCAGCAGGAGCAGCAGCAGGAGCAGCAGCAGCAGCAGCAUAUAUGCAGCAGGGUGACGACAACGCUCGUUUAG